GAGAAAAAUGAAAAUAAUUGGGUAUUUGGCGUUCAUUUCAAUUAAAAUACUUUUUAUGAGCUGCCAAAACCAACAUUUCCGUAGGAAUUGUUUGAGAGUAUAGUGUAAAUUACGUCAUAGCUUUUCGAGUGAUAUCAUUUUAUAUGUAAUUUUUACAGUCAAUAUAAACCCUCGUGGGCAUCCUCUCAUUUCUAAGACGGAUUUACAUUUAAGGACAGUAAGAUUCCGCCUCGCUGCCGUGUUGUUAGCAGAAUAAACAUGUCAGAGAAAUAUAUAUAUUGAUUUCUCAGACAAGAUUCUCAAGAAGUUAAACCAUUGAUUAUAAUAUGGUAAAUCAGCAAUAAAAAUGCAAGUAACAAUUUUCCUGUGUACUGUUACAUUGAGCGCUAGCCUUUAAGCUUCUUCCACGGCUUAUUACUAGAAAUUAUUUUAUUUUAACCACAAGAAAAUACUCGCCGGCAAGUCGACUAUCGUUGGUGGGCGCGCUGAUCGCUGCUGGUGGCCGCCGCUGUCCGCUUGAUCAGUGGCGGUAGUGAUUUGACUAUUUCUCACAAACAUUGUAUCGUCACUCAUCAAUUGUAAGCAGCGCAAAUUUUCCAAGAAGUAUUGCAUACAUUGAUUUAAAUAUUGAUAUACCGUGUAGUAGCGGUGUAAGAAUAUGAUGUAAAUAGACAUAUUUUACAUGACUUUAUUUUGUAUAUAUUAUUAGAGAUUUGUAGGUACUUGUAUCUAUUAUUAUCUAUUUUUUAUAGAUAAGUAUCUUCAUGCUUAACGGUUUUACAUACAAAAACUGUGUGCCUCUGUGGAGGCGUAAGAGGCGACAGAUGCAAACAAACCAGGAAAUGGGCAGCAGCGCAUUCCUAAUAAUGAAAGACUGAUAUUGUCGACCCGCUUGCCAAGCGUGGAUAAUAGCAUAUGUCACCCCUAUGAGGCAAUCUGUGGGGGAGGCUUAUGUCCUGCUGUGGACUGUCCGCUUUAACGGUAACGGAAAAGUAACACCUGCACUAAGUUCUAAGUCGACAAUUACCACUUGGUAAUAAGGUGAUACGACACUAUUCCGAAGAUAUCCCGGACGUCAGUCUGAGCGAGAUUAGAAUGGCUCUCCAGCACCUUAAAAACGGUAAGGCCCCAGGCGAGGAUGGAAUUACAGCGGAGCUUCUGAAAGCGGGUGGAAGACCGGUACUUGAAGUCCUUCAGAAGCUCUUUAAUUCCGUCCUCCAUGGUGGCAUUACACUGGAGGCGUGGAGCAGAAGUGCGGUGGUCUUGUUCUUCAAGAAAGGUGACAACGUUCUCUUGAAGAACUACAGACCGAUUUCCCUUCUGAGCCGCGUCUACGUGCUGUUUUCGAGAGUCAUUACGAAUCGUCUCGCGCGCAGACUUGACGACUUCCAGCCUCCCGAACAAGCCGGUUUCCGAAAGUGCUUUAGCACCAUAGACCACAUACCCUUCGGCAAAUUGUACAGAAGUCCGAAGAGUACAAUUUGCCACUAUGUCUGGCGUAUGUGGACUAUGAGAAAGCCUUUGAUUCCGUCGAAAUUUGGGCGGUGCUGCAGUCCCUUCAGCGGUGCCAAGUUGACUGUCGGUAUAUCGAAGUGUUGAAGUGCUUGUACAGUAGGGCUACGAUGGCUAUCCGAGUACAGAACCAGAGUACGAAACCUAUCCAAUUGUAGAGAGCUGUAAGACAGGGUGACGUCAUAUCCCCGAAACUCUUAACCGCUGCAUUGGAAGACGUUUUCAAGCUUCUGGACUGGAAAGGAUACGGUAUCAACAUCAAUGGCGAGUACAUCACUCACCUUCGAUUUGCCGACGAUAUAGUCCUUAUGGCAGAAUCGCUGGAGGACCUAAGCACUAUGCUCAAUGACCUCAAUAGUGUUUCCCAACGGAUAGGUCUUAAGAUGAACAUGGUCAAAACAAAGAUCAUGUUUAAUGUCCAUGUCACACCUAUGCCGGUAGUUGUUGGGAGCACUAAGCUCGAAGUUGUUGACGAGUAUGUUUACCUGGGACAAAUAGUCCGACUAGGUAAGUCCAACUUCGACCGAGAGGUCAAUCGACGGAUUCAACUCGGCUGGGCAGCGUUCGGGAAGCUACGACACGUCUUCUCGUCAGACAUACCUCAAAACCUUAAAACGAAAUUGUACAACCAGUGCGUGUUGCCAGUGAUGACUUACGAUAUGUAUGAUGAAGCUCAAGGUCGCUCAGCGAGCUAUGGAGAGGGCUAUGCUCGGAGUUUCUCUGCGUGAUAAACUUAGGAAUGAGGAUAUCCGCAGUAGAACCAGAGUAACCGACAUAGCCCAACGGAUUAGUAAGCUGAAGUGGCAGUGGGCCGGCCAUAUAGCUCGAAGAACCGACAACCGAUGGGGAAGAAAGGCAGCCUCGUACCGGUAGGCGAAGUGUAGGGCGACCCCCCACGAGAUGGAGUGACGACCUGGUAAAACAUGCAGGAAGUCGAUGGAUGCAGGUGGCUCAGGACCGUGCUUUAUGGCAUUCUUUUGGGGAGGCCUAUGUUCAGCAGUGGACUUGUGAAGGGCUGUAAUGAUGAUGAUGAAUAAGGUGAUAAUUAAAAGAACAAUUUCAGGAUGAAGAACUUACCGUCAAGAAUCAGAACAUUAACAAGGAUAGACGAACACUUGGCAUAAGUCGCAUGGACACUGUGUUACAAACGGUAAAUGAAGAAAAAUCGCUCUCUGUGUCUACCGACGAUUCGUCUACACUAUCUAGUGCUGCUACCGUUAUUCAGGCUCACAUCAGAGGCUUUCUAGUAAGAAAUCGGUUGAAUCGCAACAAAACAAUUUCAAAUACUACUUUAGUUGAUUCUGAUGACCCAUCCAUGUCGUUAGAAACUGAUCCAGAUCCUACUAGAAAUAAAACAGUUUUAAACAUUCACAUUGUUCCUGAUGGAAGUCAGUUCAUGAGCAGAGACGAAAGCCUGUUGACAUCAGUGGAAUUAUCUUUAGAUGGAAGCCCACCAACGUCCACAAAUUUGCAUCCUUUAGGUUAUGACAAAAACGAACGACGUAAACAGUUAAAAAGAGAGGAUGCAAUUCAAUCUAUUUCUCCUCCUAGUAACAGUUGUAGUAGACUUAGUGAAGAGCUCGAUUCUGCAAAGGAACUGUUUGUUAAUGACAGUAGUAUGCAAACAGAGCAAAAGAUUACUGAUGAAAUAACUAUAGAUUCUGACAUGAUAGUUGGGGAUAAUAGUGGCGAUAUCUUGUUGAAAGAAUCGACGGUGGAAGAGCACCAUCAGGAUCAAAACAUAACACUUAUGUCUGAUGUUAAGCAUCAAGCUAAAACUGAAAUAUCUUCUGAUGAAUCAGAUGUGAUUACUCCUUUUGUACCAACGGAGGAAAAGAAUGGUGAUACUGAUAAUUCAAAAUUGCUUCACUCUGGUGAAUUCCACGAUUUGGUCCUACCUACGAAGGUGUCCCGCAGUGAGACGUCAGUCGUCCGUGGUGAGUGAAGACAACUAUUAUCAGAUUUCCAAAACGUCCUGGUAUACUUUUUAGUCUGGAACAAUUCUUAAGAGUGUAUUUAAUCAAUCUUAUUAAAUUUUUGUUUUAAGCAUAAACUAGAGUUUUUGUAUCAAUAUAUUUUUGUGUUAUUAUACCCCUAUAAUAUUAUUUUAUAUUUAAUUGACAAUUUGUCUGCUUUUUAGUAAAACUGAUAAGU